AUGAGGGAACGCCAACCUCGUCGCGAAGACUACACCGUAGGCUGGGUCUGCGCUCUGCCAAUCGAACUAGCAGCCGCACAAGCAAUGCUAGACACCGAACACUCCAGCAUACGCCUGCAGAUUAACGAUCCCAGCAUAUUCAUUAUGGGAAGUAUUGCUGGGCACAACGUUGUGAUUACCUGUCUCCCAGAUGGGCAGAUAGGCACCAGCUCCGCCGCGACCGUGGCAAUCCAAAUGCGCUCGGCGUUUCCAUCCAUCAGGUUCGGCCUCAUGGUGGGAAUCGGAGGGGUUGUUCCCAGUCCUGAGCACGAUAUUCGGCUGGGAGAUGUGGUUGUUGGUCGACCAGAUAAUCAAACUGGGGGCGUGGUGCAGUAUGACUUUGGGAAGAGCACGUCUAAUGGGUUUGUACGCACAGGCUUUUUGAAUGCGCCCCCGGUUAUUUUGUUGAAUGCGGUGGCCCUGCUACGGGCCAGGCAUUUUCUGGGGAGGGGAACGAUGACCGAGUAUAUGGAAGGGCUUAAGGAUAUGCCUGCUUUCACGCACGAUAGAGAUAAAAACAGGGAUGUCCUGUUCGAGGCGGGUUAUAACCAUGCUGGGGGAAUGACGUGUGAGGCAUGCGAUAAGGAACAAUCGAUUCAACGCGACGAACGUGAAGGCCAUGAUAUCAAAGUGCAUUAUGGAACGAUUGCGUCCGGGAAUCAAGUACUCAAGGACGCGCAUCAACGAGACCGACUCGCAGCAGAGUUAGGCGGGGUGUUGUGCUUCGAGAUGGAGGCUGCCGGGCUGGUGAAUAAUUUCCCAUGCCUGGUGAUCCGAGGCAUUUGUGAUUAUGCCGACUCGCAUAAGAACAAGAAAUGGCAGCCUUAUGCUGCCGGGGUGGCGGCUGCUUAUGCGAAGGAGUUGUUGUCAGUCAUACCACCAGGGCAUGUGGAGAGAACGAGACCUAUGAGGAGAAAUGCUCCCAGAGAACUCUUCUUGGUUCCAUUUCAGAGAGAUGGAAACUUCACUGGUCGUGAUUCUAUAAUGAGUGAGCUUGGUAGACGAUACGAUGCAGCUGCUUUUGAACGUUUUCUCAGCAUAGCUCUCGUUGGAGAUAAGGACACAGGUAAAUCACAAAUUGCCCUUGAAUACGCUUACCGAAGCCCCCAACAUGUGCCCUGGCUAUCCGUAUUCUGGGUCAACGCAAGCAGCAUCUCCCGAUACAGAAGGUCUUAUCAAGAUAUAGCUAACAGUCUUGAUCUACCCGGAAAAGAUGAACCAGCCCUAGCUGACGAAGAAAAUGGGCCAUGGCUGGUUAUUCUGGACAAUGUCAUUAACGUGGGUGUUUCCCAAGAGACGGGGCUUCCUGUUCUGCUGGAGGAUGACGUGACGGAGACGAUUCCGAUUUUUUCAUCGUUCCGAGAAGCAAAACAUGGAUCUUUGCUUGUCACGUCGCGCAAUUUGGAGGCUGCAAUAAGUAUAGUUGGUUCAGCUGAGAACAUUGUCCAUGUCCAGCCAAUAGAUGAAGGGCCGAGAAGUGCAAUUGGUAUUGGGCAGGAUAUGCUGGCUAACCUGGCUCUGGACAGCCCAAAAGAUGGCCGGACACCAUUAUCGUGGGCUGCAGAGGCUGGGUUUGUGCCAGUCGUGAAACUUUUGCUUGCUACUGGUAAAGUGGACGUUGAUGCAAGAGACUCACAUUAUGGUCGAACUCCUCUAUCAUGGGCUGCGGGGGCUGGGCAUGCAGAAAUUGUUCAGCUCCUUCUAGCAACCAACAAAGUCGACAUCAACUCUGUCGAUUACCAAAACCGGCCGCCACUGACCUGGGCGCUCUUUAAUUCUCUCGAGCGAAUGAAACCGGUAGUGAAGCUGCUUCUAGCCACUGGCCAAGCUGACCUAAACAUCCGCGAUGAAACAUCAGACCGCACAGCCCUUUCGUGGGUGUGUGGAAUGGGCCACCUUGAGAUUGUCAAAUCGCUGCUUGAAACCGGCAAGGUGGAUGUCAACACCAUAGAGAAAUACCACGGACGAACGCCGCUUUCCUGGGCUGCAUUUGACAAACAUCAAGAAAUCAUGAAGGUGUUGAUUGCUACGGGACAUGCAGACUUGGAAGCAAGAGAUAACGAAGAGGGCCGGACUGUACUGUCUUUGGCGGCAGGGAAUGGACUUGAAGCUGGGGUGAGAGCUUUGUUAGAGACUGGGGCGGUGGAUGUUAAUUCCAAAGACCGGAACAGGAGGACACCGCUAUUCUGGGCAUUAAAGAAUGGACAUCAAAAUACGGCUCUUCUCCUAGAGGAGGCUUUGAGCGGAUGA